AUGUCGGAUCUCAAAUUUUUCUAUAACCAGCAUACACUCCAACCAACACACUCACUAACUUCACUGAAAAUGAUCUAUCCCACAAGCCUCAUCGCUUUAUUGGCCAGCACGGCUUUCGUGUCUGCAGCUCCAGGUUCCUCCCUGGAGGUUCUUGAAAAGCGUGAUGCUUGCACAUUCACCACCGCCGACGCUGUCAAAUCUGGGAAGCUUGCUUGCAAGACUAUCAUCUUGGAUAAUAUUCACGUUCCAGGUGCCACCACUCUUGACUUGACUGGCCUCAACACCGGUACACAAGUUAUAUUUCAAGGAACCACUGGCUUCGACCAUGCUCUGUGGGCAGGUCCUCUUAUAUCCAUCUCCGGAGAAAAUAUCGUAGUCACCGGUGCGAAAGGAAACGUGCUUGACGGAAACGGUACAAAAUGGUGGGACGGACUUGGUUCUAACACUAAGUCCGUGACGAAGCCUAAGUUCUUCGCUGCUCACUCAUUGACUGGAUCUUCCAGUAUUACCGGUCUAAACUUCCUCAAUGCACCUGUCCAGUGCAUUUCAAUUGAUUCAUCUGUUGGAUUGUCACUUAUCGGUAUCACUAUUGAUAACUCUGCUGGAGACGCUGGUAAUCUUGGUCACAAUACCGAUGGUUUUGACAUCGGUAACAGUCAAAACAUUUUUAUCUCCGGAGCAAUCGUCCAGAACCAAGAUGACUGCGUUGCCAUUAACUCUGGCACUAACAUCACUUUCACCGGUGGAAACUGCUCUGGUGGACAUGGUCUCUCCGUCGGUUCCGUCGGUGGACGCUCUGGCACUGGAGCCAACGAUGUCAGCGAUGUGAAGUUUCUCUCUUCCACCGUUUCAAAUUCCGUCAACGGUGUUCGAAUUAAGACUGUCAGCGGUGCCACGGGCUCUGUCAAAGGCGUCACUUUCCAGGAUAUCACCCUCGCCGGUAUCACCGGGGUUGGUAUUGAUGUCCAACAGGAUUAUCAAAAUGGCAAUCCAACUGGUACACCCACUGCUGGAGUUCCAAUUACUGGAUUGACUGUGAACAAUGUUCAUGGUACUGUUUCUGGUGGUCAGAAUGUUUACAUUCUUUGUGCAAAUUGCUCAGGUUGGACAUGGGAUAAGGUUGCUGUUACAGGUGGAACAGAGAAAAAGACUUGUGAGGGUAUUCCUACAGGAGCUUCUUGCUAA